UUAUAUAAAUGCUUUUAGUAUUGCUAGCCUCGUUGGCUUAUGCUCAACACAUUAUUUUUUAAGAUGAUUUUAACGCUGGUGAAAUUAAUGCAUAAUUAUGGGAAAAAUCUGAUGUUGCAAAAAUAGUUCCUUGUCCUGGAACAACAAAUGACUAUUGUGUGAACAUUGUCAGGAAGUCAUAUGGUGGUGGAUUAAAAUCAAUGCCUUUUGGGAUUGAAAUGGAAUAAGAUGUUACAAUAGAAUUUAAAUAUCUAACAAAAUCCACUCCUAAUAGAGGAGUGCAUUCUGGAUUAUUUGUUGGCUAUACUGAUAACACUGAUGACAAGAAAAGCGGAUUUUGCUGGUUUGCUUCGGGUUAUUCGUACUACAGCGACUUUUUUAAUUAAACUUCCUAAAAGACUGAUCAAGCUUAUUUAUGUCCUAAUGAUGAAUCUGUCUUGAUACAAGACCUUCUAAAUGACUGGAAAACUGUAUUUUUAAAUAUUAAUAUUGUAGAUUAAAUACACAAUUCCGUCGAAAACUUUAAAAACAAAGAAUUAAUCUUUAUUGUCUUUGGUAUUUUAAGAUUUUGUGAAUGAAAACACAGAAGGAGCCUAUUAUAUUACUAAAAUACUUGUUUAUUACAAUAAGAAUUGCACAGCCAAGUGUGAGAAAUGCACAACCUUUUACGAUUGCACAAGUUGUUAAGACCCUUACAGAUGGCUUGAAGGUAAAUGCUAUAAGUCGGAUUGUGGAGACAGUUUAGAACUAUCUAUCCCUUAUUCUAAGGAUUCUUUAGUGGAGAGUUCAACCUCUACUACUUAUUCAGCUACAAUUAAAAUACCAGGUUAUGAUUUUCAAGCUUGUUGGCCUGCUUAAUGGGUAACUCUAGGCAUGGAAGACGGCAAAUUUACAGAAUUAAUAUUCUCCUAUGAAACAGCCUCCACAGCCAAAUUAAUUUUAAAUUAAUACAAUAUGACAACUGCUAAUUGCAAAUAACAUGACAAUUCUAAUAUCUUUACAUGCUCCUUCCAUUUCAAUGUGCAUUUUAAUGAGCAAAUCAUGUAUGAAAGAAAUUGGACUGCUACAAUUGAUUAUUCAAAAUCAAGUAUCACAAGUUUAUAGGUACCACCUAAAACUCUUAAUCCACCAGCAUUGGUCAUUACUAUUGAAUAACAACUUGAUUACUGCGAGAAUGCAAAUGAUUGCUAAUGGACAACAGGCAAAAUUACUUUAGUUCUUAAUUAAAAAUUCAAGGUUAGGUUGACAAUUAAAGAUUCAAAUCUUAAGAAUUGGAAAUUGGAAUAAGGCUAUGUAAAAUUAUAGGGAACAGGAACCCUAGUUAAUCUACCGAUUUUGGAGACUGUUAUAGGGGAAGGUGAAAUAAUUUACACUGUUAGAUUGGCUAUCAAAGGAGAGAAGGGUAAUGGACUUGCUGUUACAGCCAAAAUCAUAAAUCCAAAUGCAGCAGGUAGCAGAAGGAGAAGAGCUCUUUAAGAGAAUACAAGUUCUUAAUUGGCAGUGGGUAAUUUAAAUGGUACUUAGAUCACAUUCAAAUCCAGAUAACUUGUUAUAGAGGAUGAUCCUGAGUUUUCUUAAUUAAUAUUGAUGCCAUUAUUACUUUUUGCAAUUUUGGGAUUUUGAUAUUGCAAAUAGGA